GGGGCUAACGGGGGCUACUCUUCGUUGCGGUGCGCAGGCUCCUCAUUGUGGUGGCUUUUCUUGUGUCGGAGCACAGGCUCCAGGCACGCGGGCUCAGUAGUUGUGACUCGGGGGUUCUAGAGCGCAGGCUCAGUAGUUGUGGCGCACGGGCUUAGUUGCUCCGCCGCAUGUGGGAUUUUCCUGGACCAGGGCUUGAACCCGUGUCCCCUGCAUUGGCAGGUGGAUUCUCAACCACUGUGCCACCAGGGAAGCCCACUUCUGCCUUUGUAUUGAGAGUUUUCAGUGACCUUCAGUCGGGCAGAGCUCGGGAUCCGGGGGUGGGAAAGCCCUGAGGGAAGCUCCAGUAGCUGAGCGGGGUUGGAGCUAAGCUUGGACCGCUGCGGGCAUCCCCACCUGCCUGGGCGGGUGGUCCCUGAGAGCCUGCUUCCGCUCUCUGCAGAGCGGACUAAGCCCAUCUUGACUCUCAUUGGCUUAACGGAGGUAAGUGACAGAUCCCGAGCCAAUGGAAAGUAAAAGCUGCUCAGCACCCGCCUAAUUCGGGUGCUGCUUCUAGGGCCUCAGACCCGCGCGUGUCCAGUAGCGAGCUGCCGCCAUCCCAGACUGAGAGGACUGACAGGCGGUGCCCGUCACUGGGGUCGCUUGUCGCCAACCCCUUAGUUCUUUCUGAUCGUCCCCCAAGUGUUUCUAAUACUGACUCCGCGGCCCCGCGCGUGCCUGCGGAGGACGGGACCAUCUGGCUCAAGGAGCCCACGCCCACCGAAGGUUUCGCCCACUCCUCGCCGGAGGCCGCAGCGGCGAGCGUAGGCCUUGGGACCGGUUUGAUCGAGCUAGGACUGGACAGGCCGCGGCGGGGAUCGCCCGAACCGAGGUGCCAGCACUUGAACCCUUUAUUUGCAUCUGUUCCAAACAAUUCUACAAGGUAGGUACAAACAUCACCUCCCCUACUCCCCAGCUUUGUGAAACUGAAGAAAUUGAAUUGGAUUGAGAGAGCUUAAGUAAAUUGGCUGAGGACACAGGCACUGGUAGCUGCAGGGGCAAACAUGUGAACCCUGGAACUGGUCCUAACCCGUACAGGGCAUUGUCUCUCAAAUGCUCUGCCUUCCACUGGUGGGAAGAGCACUGUAUGUGGAAAUGAUGGGCCUUGAGUUCAGCCUUCUGCCCCUCUCGGUCCUAAGCUAUGUGAUUAUGUAAGGGUUACUUUCUCUGGGAGUCUCCGCUGUCAAAUGGGGGCAAUUCUAGUUCCCAACAUUACAUGGGAUAAUGUGCCUGGCAUUGGGAAUUUGGAGGGGGAGGGACUCAGAUCCUACUCCAACGCCUAAGAGAGAAGCCAUUUAAAUACCUCGUGCCCACUUUGUGGGACAGCGAACUUGCUUGAGUCAAAAGGGAAGGCAGGGAAAGUGCCCCACUCUAGACAGCUCAGAAUCUUUCUAAAUCUGGCAGGACUUUAGCCAAGGCUCCCGCUCAGCGAAUGUUGGUGGAAUGCACAUCGUCUGCCUCUGUGGUUAGGAGGAUGGCAUUUCCCCCAUUUUACAGCCAGGUCGCAGCCAGCAGAGGGCGCUGCCGGGCAUGGCAGAGGAGCGUCGCGGGGCCUGGUUCGGCUUCGGUUUCUGCGGCUUCGGGCAGGCGCUGGGCUCCGGGCGCGGGCGCCAGGUACACAGCCCCGAGCCUCUGAGGGCGCCGGGCGCGGGCCUCGAUGUCUGCCGCGUGAGCGCGAGCUGGAGCUACACCGCCUUCGUGACCCGUGGAGGCGGUCAGGUGGAGCUGUCUGGCUUCACGGUCGGAGCGGCGGGCGGCUGCAGGGACGCGUGGGCGUCGGAGGAGCUCCUGGUGGUGCUGCGCACGGGGCCGGGACCCGGGGCCGGGACGGAGCUGCAGGCCUGGGCGCCCGGUUCGGCGCUGCGCGGGGAGCCCCUCUGGGCCCAGACCGUGCCUGAGGCCGAGCGGGAAGACGGACCGGGCGGCGAUGAGACCCAGGCUGGGCCGCUGCCGCUGCUGCCCUGCGCUCGCGCCUACGUGAGCCCGCGGCCGCCCUUCUACCGGCCUCUGGCCCCGACACUGCGGGCGCGCCGGCUGGAGCUGGGCGCUGAGCACGCGUUGCUGCUGGACGCGGCGGGCCAGGUGUUCUCCUGGGGCGGGGGCAGGCACGGACAGCUGGGCCACGGGACUCUGGAGGCAGAGCCGGAGCCGAGGCUGCUGCAGGCGCUGCAGGGCCUAACCAUGGCUGAGGUGGCCGCAGGUGGCUGGCACUCUCUGUGUGUGAGUGAGGCUGGGGAUAUUUAUAUCUGGGGCUGGAAUGAAUCAGGGCAGCUGGCCCUGCCCACCAAGAGCCUGGCAGAGGAUGGAAAGACAACCGCAGAAGCCUCAGGACUGAAUGAAGAUGGUUCUGAAGUGAAGAGAGUAGCCGGGGGUGAGGAUGGAGCCCCCGCCCCCUUCAUAGCUGUCCAGCCCUUCCCAGCUUUAUUGGACCUCCCCCUGGGCUCAGAUGCAGUCAAGGCCAGCUGUGGAUCCCGGCACACAGCGGUGGUGACAAGAACGGGGGAGCUCUACACCUGGGGCUGGGGUAAAUAUGGACAGCUUGGCCACAAAGACACGACCAGCUUGGAUCGGCCCUGCCGUGUGAAGUACUUUGUAGAUAAGCAACUCCAAGUAAGGACCGUGAGCUGUGGGCCCUGGAACACCUACGUGUAUGCUGUGGAAAAAGAGAAGAGCUGACAUGUAUAGAUAAGGGCAUAAAAUAAAUGUAGAGUGAAAAAUUAUGAAGCUAACACUUGUGAAACUCCCCCCAGGUCAAGGAAAACCAUUGCCAGCACCCCAGAGGCCCCACAUUUGGCCUUCCGUAUCACAGCCCUCUUGCUCCACCUUAGAGCAGGCAGCAUCCUCAACUUUGUCUUCACAUUAGGAACACCUGGAGGGAACUCCCUGGUGGUCCAGUGGUUAGGACUCUGUGCUUUCACUACCUAGGGCGCGGGUUCAAUCCCCGGUCUGGGAACUAAGAUCACACAAGCCCGUGGCACAGCGUGGCCCCAAAAAAAAAAAAAAAAAAAAAAGGAAAAGAAAGAAACACCUGGAGAUUUGAAACUGGAUGCCUAAGGCCAGCAUCGCAGACACAAUGAAAUCAGAACUUAGGGGUGCGGAACCUAGAUGUGGGUAGAUUUUUUAGGCUGCCCCACCCCCGGUGAUUUGGAGGUAGUGCUAAGAUUGGGAACCACUAGAGGUCAUCUUCUUUUGUUAUUCAUAUACCUGUUUUCAUUUUGACUCAUACCAUUCCUUUUAUGCAUCUUUAUACAAUAUAAUUUGCCUGCUUUUGAACUUUAGUAAAUAGAAUCAUUCUGUGUAUAUUAUGUCUUGUUUUUUCAUUAGCACUGUAUGAUUCAUCUGUGGUGUCAUGCAGUUGAUUCAUUUUGUUAUAUAGUAUUCCAUUGUAUGAAUUAUACCUCAAGUUAUAUAUUCUCUUACUGAUAGUAAUUUCUUUUUUCUUAUUGAGUUAAAAUACACAUAACAAAAAAUGUACUAUCUUAAUCAUUUUUAAAUGGUAUUAAAUACAUUCACAUUGUUGUGUAGCCAUCACCACCUAUUCCCAUCUCUUUUCAUCUUGUAAAUCUGAAACUCUACAGCUAUUAAACAAUAACUCCAUUCUCCCCAGCCCCUGGCAACCAUCAUACCUUGUGUCUGUCUUUGUGCUCUUGACUACUCUACGUACCUAAUAUAGGUGGAAUCAUACAGUAUUUAUCUUAUUAUAAGAUAAAUUUUGGCUUAUUUCACUUAGCAUAAUGUUCUCAAGGUUCAUCCAUGUUAUAGCGUAUCGCAGAAUUUCCUUCCUUUUUAGGCCUGAAUAAUAUUCCAUUGUAUGUAUAUACCACAUUUUGUUUAUUGAUUCAUUGGUUGAUGGACACUUGGGUUGCUUUCAUGUUUUAGCUAUUGUGAAUAGUGCUGCUAUGAACAUGGGUUUACAAACAUCUCUUUGAGAUUCUGCUUUUAAUUUUUUUGGAUAUAUACCCUAAAGUGGAAUUGCUGGGUCACAUGGUAAUUCUAUUUUUAAUUUUUUGAGGAGCCUACAUAUUGUUUUCCACAGUGGCUUUCCCAUUUUACAAUCCCACCAAUAGUGCACAAGUGUUCCAAUUUCUCCACAUCCUCACCGAACACUUUGUUUUCUGUUUUUUUUUGACAGUAGCCAUCCUGAUAGGUGUGAGGUGGUAUCUCAUUGUAAUUUUGAUUUGUGUUUCCCUAAUAAUAAGUGAUGUUAAGCAUCUUUUCAUGUGCUUAUUGGCCAUUCACAUCUUUUUUGGAGAAAUGUCUAUUCAAGUCCUUUGCCGAUUUUUGAAUCUGGUUUUGUGUGUGUGUUGUUUUAGGAGUUUUCUAAAUAUUCUAGAUACUAAUCCCUUAUCAAAUAAGUGAUUUGGAAAUAUUUUCUCCCAUUCUGUUGGUUGCCUUUUUACUUUGUUGAUACUGUCUCAAUGUAAAAAGUUUUUUAAUUUUCAUGAAGUCCAAUUUGUCUAUUUUUUCUUUUGUUGCCUAUGUCUUUGUUGUCCUAUCUGAGAAAUCAUCACCAAAUCCAAUGUCAUGAAGCUUUUGUCCUAUGUUUUUCCAAGAAUUUUAUUGUUUUAGGUUUUAUAUUUUGGUCCUUGAUCCAUUUUGAGUUAAUUUUUGUAUAUAGUGUUAGGUAAGAGUCCAACAUCAUUCUUUUGCAUGUGGUUAUCCAGUUUUCCCAGCACCAUUUGUUGAAAAGACUGUCCUUUCCUCAUUGAAUGGCCUUGGCACCCUUCUCAAAAAUCAUUUGAUUGUAUAUUCGAGGGUUUAUUUCUGGGCUCUCUAUUCUAUUUCAUUGAUCUAUAUGUCUGUCUCUUUGUAUGUGAAUACUGUUGUGAUUACUAUAGCUUUGUUGUAGGUUUUGAAACCAGGAAGUGUGAGUCCUCCAGUUUUAGUCUUUUUCAAAAUUGUUUUGUCUGUUGGGGUCCCUUGAGAUCCCAUAUGAGUUUUAGUGUUUUUCCAUUUCUGCAUAAAGUUCCUUGAAAUUUUAGGGAUUGCACUGAAUCUAUAGAUUACUUUGGGUACUACUAACAUUUUAACUAUUUAUUUAUUUAUUUUGGCCGUGUCGGGUCUCAGUUGAGGCACAUAGUCUUCAUUGAGGCGUGCGGGAUCCUCCAUUGUGGCGUGGGCUCUUCAUUUGGCGCUCGGGCUUCUCUCUAGUUGCAGCGUGCGGGUUUUCUCUCUCUAGUUCUGGCGUGCAGGCUCCAGAGCACGUGCGCUCUGUAGUUUGCAGCACGUGGGCUGUCUCGUUGAGGCGCACGAGCUCAGUAGUUGUGGUACACGGGUUUAGUUGUCCUGCGGCAUGUGAGAUCUUAGUUCCCCAACCAGGGAUCGAACCUCUGUCCCCUGCAUUGAAAGGUGGGUUCUUUACCACUGGACCACCAGGGAAGUGCACUUUUUU